AUGAGUGCAGAAACGAUACCACAAUCCGAACCAUUAAGAGGAGAUCAAGUACAAAAUAAUGCAGGUGGCUUUGCGUGGGCUGUUGAUGAUAUGCAACGACUUCGCCGUUUUCUAUGUUUGGGUAGUGAAGGUGGUACAUAUUAUCAAGGAGAAAAAGAACUCGGUAUUGAAAAUGCCCAAGCUAUAUUAAAAUUAAUCGAAAAUGGACGCGGAACAGAAGUUGUUGAAACGAUCAAAACCUAUUCUCUUGAAGGACGUACAUCAAAACAAAAUCCGAUCAUGUUUGCCUUAGCUCUAUGUGCAAAAUCGACAGAUUUAAAAACAAAACAAGCUGCUUAUACGUCAUUAUCAGAAAUUUGUCGUAUUCCAACUCAUCUAUUUAUGUUUAUUAAAUAUGCUCAUGCUCUUGGUCAAAAUUGGGGACGAGCACAACGUCGAGCUGUAUCAAAAUGGUAUACGGAACAAAAUGCUAGUAAAUUAGCUAUGGCUAUAACAAAAUAUCAAAGUCGUGAAGGUUAUUCCCAUCGAGAUGUACUUCGUUUAGCACAUCCAAGUACAAAAGAUCCAUUACUUUGCUUUUUAUUUGAUUAUAUUACUCAUGGAUUAGCAAAAGCAAUUGAAAAUUUAAAUAAACCAAAAGAAACAACCAAUGAUAGUACUAAAACUGAAACUACUGUUACAGAUGGUAAACAACAAGCACAUAUAAAUAAUGAGAAUGAUGAAGAUGCUGAAGAAUUUAAUAAAAAAUUAGUGACUGUAGAACAAUUAAAAGAAUUUUUAGAAACAGUUGAAAAAAUGAAAACAUCAACUGAUGACAAUGAACUUGUUACGGCUAUUCGACAACAUAAUCUUGUUCGAGAACAUAUGCCAACUGGUAUGUUAAAUUCAACAGCUAUUUGGUCAGUAUUAUUAGAAAAAAUGCCAUUAACAGCGAUGAUUCGUAAUCUUGGUAAAAUGUCGGAAAUUAAUUUAUUAACUGAAAAUAGUGAUGCAGAAAAACUUAUUAUUCAACGAUUAAAAAACCGUGAACAAUUACAACGUGCACGUAUUCAUCCAUUUAAUGUUCUUGUUGCAUUAGAAACAUAUAAACAAGGUCAUGGUUUCAAAGGCAAACUAAAAUGGACUGUUAGUGAUAAUAUUAAAAAUGCAUUAGAAGAAGCUUUUUAUCUUUCAUUUAAAUUUGUUAAACCUACAAAUCAACGUUAUUUACUUGCACUUGAUGUUAGUGGUAGUAUGUCAUGUGGUACAAUUAAUGGUUCACCAUCAAUAACACCAGCUGUUGGCUCAUGUGCUAUGUGUAUGGUAACACUUCGAACAGAACCAUACGCAAAAGUUGUUGCCUUUUCUCAUGAACUUAUUCCAGUUAAUAUUACAAAAGAUGCAAACCUUGAAAGUGUCAUGACAACUACACGUGCAAUUUCAAUGGGUGGAACUGAUUGUGCAUUACCCAUGCUUUGGGCUAUUGAUCAUAAGGAAAAUAUCGAUGUAUUCAUUGUUUAUACGGAUAGUGAAACAUGGUUUGGUAAAAUUCAUCCAACAGAAGCAUUAAAACAAUAUCGACAAAAAAUGAAUUGUCCGAAUGCUAAAUUAAUUGUUGUUGGAAUGCAAUCAAAUGGUUUUACUAUUGCUGAUCCAAAUGAUAAAGGCAUGCUUGAUGUUGUUGGUUUUGAUUCAGCUGCACCACAAGUUAUGUCCUUAUUUGCUGAAGGCCAAAUUUAA